AUCAAAACUCAAAGUCUAAGGUGAGGAUCUGACAUAAGACGUCCCUCCGAGUCCCAAAGACCUGGUCCGACCUUUGGCUCUAAGGACCUGACCAUAACGAGGUGCCCGAGCGCUGUCAGCUGGACUUUGCUUCGGUUUUACGGCUCUGUGCCGGCGCUACGUUGACGCCCAGUGAUUUCUUUGUUUGCCCGGCUCGACGGGGGCCUGCCUGCUCAUUCGCGGAGGCGCAGAGAGGUGCACGGUGACACACUUCUGUCCGUCUGUCUGUCUGUCUGGGCCAUCUCUGUUCUUCUCGGAGAUGACGAGGUACCACAAAGCGGCGAUUGACGGCUACCUGGACAUCCUGAAGGAGGCCACGAGGAAGGACCUGAACACGGCCGACGAGGAUGGCAUGACCCCCACCUUGCUGGCUGCCUUCCACGGACACGUCGACGUUCUUCAGCUCAUAUGCAGCAGAGAAGGAGAUCCCAACAGGAGUGACAUCUGGGGAAAUACACCGUUGCACCAUGCGGCGGCUAACGGCCACAUGCAAGUCCUCAGCUUUCUGGUCAACUUUGGCGCCAACCUUUUCGCACUGGACAAUGAAUUCCACACAGCAAUGGACGUCGCCGCCUCCCGCGGCCGCAUGGACUGCGUGCGCUUCCUCGAUGCCGCCGCCUCCGUGCAGACCAACAGCAACGCAAAAAAGGUCGCUAACCUAAAGAAGGAGGCCGUGAAAGAGGCGGAGAAGCGCGUGAAACUCUGCGAGAAGGUGAAGAAGAGGCACCAGAGCAAGAUGGAUAAAAAUUACCGCGGAGCGGAUUCCAUUUCGAGGGCGAGCACGACCUCGUCGUUCUCAAACGGCGGCACCGUGAACAGCGUCAACGAGCAGUUCUCCAAACUAAUUGCGUCGGAUAAGUCUGGUUCUCUCGCAGCCAGGAUUGGAGGGUUAGGAUCAAUCCAGAAGAGGCUUGGGAAGAAACAAAAGAACACGCUGCAGAGGGUAGGAGGAGAUGGGAACGUCGUUUUCGGGAAGCAGGACAGCGGAAUGCCCGAGAGACCGGGGUUCACGGAAGUCUUCAACGAGCAAGAUGAGGACAUGCUGGAGGAAGAUGAAGAUGACGACAAACGCGACAGCGAAGAAGGCCAGGUCAAACAAUCCAUCUUCAAACGGCCUGGACUUGGAGAUCUGACUUUCAUGAAGAAGAUGGGGCUGGAGUCGGAGGAGAACAUCGGCGGGAACAAUCAAAGUCUUGGCUACCUCGUUCAAAACAAGCUGUUCGUGGCGGAGGAGGAGGAGUCUGGCGACUUUGAUGAAGCCAGCGACGCUGACUUUGAUCUGGAUCAGGACGACCUGGGACUGAACGACGAUGACGACGAGGAAAUGUCUCCGUUGACAAUUUUCCUCUCUACCAUCAACCUGCCGGAGUUUACCCGUGCGUUCAACAAAGAGCACCUGGAUCUGGAGGCUCUCAUGCUCUGCACCGAUGAAGACAUGAAGGGCAUCGGCAUCCAGCUGGGACCCAGGAAGAAGAUCUUGGACGCCGUCGCUCGCAGAAAGAACGCGCUGGAGACACCGGGCGCCAUGAAGGAAAGCUCCAUGUGAUGUUAAAUAGCACUUACUUAAAAAUCCUGUUUGAAGUUUAAAUUUAGUCUGUACCUUUUGUAAAAAUAGCAUUUUGAUUUUGUACAAAACAAAGAUUGUACCUUAAACUCUUUCUUCAAAAACAGACGCUAAAUUUUGAAGUGUUACUGUGUGUCUAGUAAGAAGCAAUAUGUGUGAUAUGUGAUUAUGAUCUCAAAGCAGAAUAGAAAACUUUUUGUGGUCCAACAGUCCUGAUUAUUAUUUCUUUAUCAUAAAAAUAUAACAAGGUCAGGGGUUGGGUUGUGCUGUUGUACGUUUUGUUAUCAGUUUUACGUAAUCAAUGCGAAAUAAAUGAAUAAAAUAUG